CAACAAUAGUUUAGUUUGCAUACGAACACCCACACAGAACACAAAACAUCAUGUGCGAUAUCGGCUCCAGCAGGAAAUUUGUCGUAUUCCUGCUGUUAUGUUGUCUCGCGCGGUACGUGAAGUGCGUUCCCCAACUGGACCUGCCCCCGUACCAGUCUAACGCGCAGAAUUACCCCAGCCGGCCUAGCUUCACCCCUAAUCCUGAUUACAGCAUAAAUCCCAAUCCCAACUAUAGAACCGACUCGGGUUAUCCUAGGGAACCCUCAGGACAACGGCCACAAGACGAUAGAUUCAACGAGAAUGAGAUCGUUAAGAGAUACGGGGGAGAUGUUAGAAGGUUAUUGCAGGAAUUGGACCUCCAAGCAUCUCAGCAGUGCACGAAUAAUGUGGCUGCGCAGUGGAAUUUUGAGACCAACGUGAAUCAGGCUACGCAACUUGAAGCAUUAAACUCCCAACAGGCUUAUUCAGAGUUCCAACACGAGCUAUGGGACUUGCUGAAUCACGUAGGUAACGUCAAUGGUAUCCCGGAUCCCACCACCUACAGACAGAUCCGUUAUUAUUCUGUAGUCGGACCGGCAGCGUUAUCUCCAGAUCAGUUGGAUAGGUACAACAGAUUGAUCAAUGACAUGCUCGCUAUCUACAACACUGCUUCCAUUUGCGAAUACAAAGAUCAUUUCCAAUGCGGCUUAAAACUCAAGCCCGAUCUCACCAAGAUCAUGGCCAAAAGUAGGAAUUGGGAUGAGCUCCAACACGUUUGGUCAGAAUGGAGGCGCAGUACUGGAAUGAAGAUUAAGGAAACCUACGAACAAAUGGUUCACGUAUCGGAUACUGCAGCUAAACUAAACAAUUUUACGAGCACGGCAGACUAUUGGAGCUUUCCGUUCGAAUCUCCUGCUCUUGAAUUGGACUUGCAAGAUGCCUGGGAAGACAUUAAACCCUUGUACGAACUGUUGCACGCCUACGUUCGCCGAAAAUUACGUGAAUACUACGGCCCGGAGAGGAUAAACAGACAAGCGCCAUUACCUUCACACAUUUUGGGAAACAUGUGGGCGCAGUCUUGGGGCAACAUCUAUGAUAUUACCCAGCCGUACCCGGGUGAGCACUUCUUGGAUGUGACGCCGGAAAUGAUCAAACAGGGUUACACUCCGAUUGACAUGUUUAGAUUGGCCGAAGAUUUUUUCGUCUCCAUGAAUAUGAGCGCCAUGUCGUUGGAUUUCUGGCAAGGGUCGAUUUUUGAAGAGCCACCCGAAAGAGUGGUUUUGUGUCAGCCAUCGGCUUGGGAUUUUUGCAAUCGGAGAGAUUUCAGGAUCAAAAUGUGUGCCCGUGUGAAUAUGAAAGAUCUUAUAACUGCGCACCACGAAAUGGCCCACAUCCACUACUUUAUGGGAUAUAAGAAUCAGCCUAAGGUUUUCAGAGACGGUGCCAAUCCUGCGUUCCACGAAGCUAUAGGAGAAGCUAUAAGUCUAUCAGUGGGCACUCCAACCCAUUUGCAAGCGUUGGGCCUCCUACAGACGUCCAUCGAGGACUCUGCCGUGGACAUUAACUUCCUUUACUCCAUGGCUUUGGAGAAAGUCGUUUUCCUACCAUUCGCCUACGUAAUGGACAAAUGGAGGUACGACGUAUUUAGUGGAAAGAUUGGAAAGGAAGAGUACAAUUGCCACUGGCACUUACUCAGAGAAGAGUACCAGGGAAUCAAGCCGCCAGUACUCCGCUCCGAAAGAGAUUUCGACCCAGGUUCAAAAUAUCACAUCCCAGCUAAUAUUCCAUAUUUACGAUACUUCGUCAGUACGCUUCUUCAGUUCCAGAUCUACAAGGCACUGUGCCAGGCGGCAGGUCAGUAUGUACCUGGCGAUCUCAAGAGACCGUUGCAUAAGUGCGACAUAUACAGGAGCAAAGAAGCGGGAAGGAUACUGACAAAUAUUAUGGAGAAGGGUUCAUCCCAAUCCUGGAGGGACGUUUUGUUUCAAGCCACGGGAGACAGUAGACUCGACGGAGGCGCUUUGAGAGAAUACUUCAAUCCUCUCGAGGAGUGGCUACGCAAUGAGAAUCUGAGGACCGGAGAGUAUAUUGGAUGGUUAUACGACGGCGACUAUUGCAAACAAAGCAUAGAAACGGCAGGAUUGCAGGUUUUUGGAGGCUUCUACAAUAGCGGACAGCGGAACUGCGGCAAUAUUUUGAUUCUCGUUUCGAUCGCGUUGUGCGUUUUGAGAUUAAGAUAAGACGGUAGCAUAUUAGGAACAUUUUGAAUUUGAUUUAUUAAAACGCGACACUAGCAAUUGACGUAAAGCAUUCAUUUCAACUUUGACCAUCUCACUUCAGAAUGUUUGAAUUUUAAAUAUUGCUUUACUUGUAAAAUUUUGUCGAAGAUUGAUUUGGAACGGAAAAAAAAUAUAUGAUUUAUGGAUUGUAUUAAGUGCUAUUUUUGAUAUUGUAAGAGACUACCAAAAUGUAUACAUGCAAACAGGGUUUGUUUAGAAAAAAAUCAACCAACUUGUUUAUAAUACUUUAUUUAUUAUAUAAAAUGUAGAAAUUGUGAAAUAAUCAAUUCGUUGUCCCAGUAUGCAGCUUACUAAUAAUCAUUAGUUUUAAAAUGUUUAAAUAAAGAUGGAAGAAAAUCUCCCAGUGCCCCGCGUAACUGUUUUCGGAAAGCGUUGUUUACUUAAUAUUUAAUAACAUAAAAAUGUAAUUAUUUUGAAUCACAUGACGCAACGUUGUAGCAAUGAGGCUACUCUAACGGCAUGCAAGUGAAUAUGGUUUUAUUUCCAGUUUUGGCAGCCGUUAACGCCGGGGAGAAAGUCGGAUAAUUUUCCGACUCACUUACGUGAUAUGUUUCAGCCAAGCGCGAUAUCGCGCUAUUUUCAAUUGUAAAUAAACUUGAUUUUGUCAGAAUAAAAUUCCAAGAAUCCGU